GGACACUGUCGAUGAAAAGAAUUUGUAUUGGAGCGUAACGGUGUGAUUUUCACAUGAGUCGUUUCUUGCGGCUCCAUCGCACUUGUUUCUCCUUUAGUUUUGUGGUUCCUUAGUAUCAGGCUAGUAAGAAGACGUAUAAAUCGACCUUCGGAUGCCUGCAUCGAUCGAAAAUACCAAAGAUUGGACUCAGGAAGAUCAACGUCAAAAAAUUAAUGAACUUGACGAUAAUGUGGUGGAUAUUACGGGUUAUUCGAUAUCAUACGUACGGACCAUCUUUAUGUACAUUGGCAUCGUUUUAACUUGUGGACUGCUGAGACUAGUGUUUCACUGGUUCCCUCAUUGGAUGCUGAUAUGCAUGAAUAAGGAAUGCGCUUUAAUAAAAGCCGAGAAGAUACUUGUCAAAGUAAUUGCUUGUCCCCGUUCAUUUUAGGCUUCAUGAGCCUAUAACAAAAUAUAAACUACGUACUAAAUUUCUCUUGCAGGAUGUCCACGGUGUUCGCUACAUACAUGACGUGGUUGUUGAAGUAAUUGGAACAACAAACAGUUGUACUAAGCACUCGUACGUUCAGAAAUCUGCCUCUUUCAUGCUGUCGCAAGUGUCAUGUUCUGAAAAUGAUGGCAAUAUGAUGUGUUACUUUGUUCACAAAUGUUUAAAGUAUGUAUGGGACAGCAAGACUAAUCGUUUUGAGCUCCCAAGGGGUUGGCAUGAAACUACAUAUGAAGAAAUUUUGGAUUCUAAGCCUUUGAAUAACGAAACGGUCCUUAUGAAUCGUGCGUUGUAUGGAUCGAAUGAAAUAAGUAUCAAUCUUACUUCAAUUUUCAGGCUACUACUUGAUGAGUGCUUGAAUCCAUUCUACUGUUUCCAAAUAUUCAGUUGUAUUUUGUGGUAUUCUGAUGAGUACUGGAUGUACGCUACUUGUAUUGUUGUUAUUUCAAUUAUGUCACUAUCAUGGCAAGUUUAUGAACUACGUAGAAACGAAAGGACUCUUAAAGAAACUAUGUGUAUAUCCUCUUCUGCAAUCGUUUAUCGAGAGGAAGAUGGGGUUAAAGAGUUCAAAGAAGUGGAUUCCAUUUCGUUAGUCCCCGGUGAUAUAAUUGAAAUUCCACGAAACGGAUGUCUGGUUCAAUGUGAUGCCAUCUUACUAGCAGGAAACUGUAUAGUAAAUGAAAGUACAUUGACCGGUGAAAGUGUUCCAGUUACCAAAAUUCCCUUACCCGAUUCACCAUCAAAGGGUACGUUAUUCGAUAUCAAAGUUCAUGGUCGGCAUAUUUUAUUUGCUGGUACAACUGUUAUUCAAACGAGAAAUUAUGCGGAUGAGCGAGUUCUGGCUGUUGUUGCACGCACUGGCUUUUACACUGUCAAGGGUGAGCUUGUACGGUCAAUUCUGUUUCCGAAACCUCUAAAAUUCAAAUUCACCCAAGAUUCCUUCCGGUUUAUUUUUGCUUUGUCUAUUCUUGCUGUGAUUGGUUUGGGAGUUUCGAUCUAUUUAAUGAUCAGAGUUAAUGUUGGUGUUGGUGAUAUUAUCCGUCGAGCGUUAGAUUUAGUUACUGUUGUGGUACCACCAGCCUUACCUGUUGUAAUGACAAUAGGCGUUGUUCUGGCUCAACGACGCUUACUAUCGCAUGGAAUAUUUUGUGUCAAUUCAACCGUGAUCAAUGUUUGUGGAGUUAUCAAUGUAGCUUGUUUUGAUAAAACGGGUACUUUAACAGAAGAUGGUUUGGAUAUGUGGGGUAUUAUUCCUUAUGAAGAUGGUUUAUUUGGAGAUCCGGAAUUAGAACCAUCAGAGUUGGAUAAUGGCCCUCUAAUGGAAUGUUUAGCGACUUGUCAUUCAUUGACAUUGAUUGAAGGCGUUCUGUCUGGAGAUCCUCUGGACUUAAAGAUGUUCCAGUCAACUAAAUGGGAACUUAUUGAAGAAGCUGCUGAUCACUGUAAAUUUGAAAUGGCUGUCCCUGCUAUCGUACGUCCAUCGAGUAAAACCAGUUUGACGGAAAAGACUUCUCAAAAAUUCAAUGGUGAUGACAUUCCAUAUGAAGUGGGUAUCUUACGUCAAUUUCCAUUCAGUUCUUCAUUACAACGUAUGUCUGUGAUUACUCGUGCUCUCAAUCAAAAUCAUUUCAACAUCUAUACUAAAGGUGCACCUGAAACUAUUGAAUUAUUGUGCAGAUGUGAUACUAUUCCUAGAGAUUUCCAUUCUACUCUGUUGGAAUACACACGUGAAGGUUAUCGAGUUUUAGCGUUAGCUUGGAAACCAUUGAAAGCAACCUAUACAAAAGUUUUGCACGUAUCUAGGGAGUGUGUUGAACAGAAUUUACGAUUUCUUGGUCUACUGAUCAUGGAGAACCGUUUGAAACCGGAAACAACUCAAGUGAUUAAAACUUUAAGAUAUGCCAAUAUUCGACCUGUAAUGGUGACUGGUGAUAAUAUGUUGACUGCAUUGUCAGUAGCUCGAGAUUGCGAGAUGAUCGAUGAACUGGAUCGUAUUAUUCUUGUGUCUGCAAAACCACCACCAUUUCCUCCUCAUGUUCAGUCAUCUAGUCCGAAUGAUUCUGUGACUUGUUCUACCAAAGUUGAUCUACCAAGUGAUCAACAACACAGUCAUACUUCUUCGAAUCAUAUUAGUUUACCAUUUGUUUCGUUGACACAGUCACAAGGAACAAGAAGCAACAAUAGACCACGUACACAUUCAAGUUUUAAUGCAGCAAAUUGUGUAUUUGAGGAAAACUUCUUCAAUCAACAAUACGAUUCAUUAGUUGAAUUUCAUUAUGCUGAAGAUUUACACAAACCAGUCACUGAAGUGACAGCUACAACUGAAACAGGAACAACGAGAAAAUCUCAUAGACCUCAGCCUGUUAAUAAUACUUCGACUGAAACUGAUGUUGAUCCGCACACGUUCUCUGUAAGGAGUGGUAGGAAAUCUCGAAAACUGAUGCAUCGCUUAUGUGAAGAUGUUCCAUGUGUUUCACGGGGAUGUGAACAGCAUUCCUCACCGUCUUCAAGUCCACUGACAGAUAUAACUUCGGUGCCCAAUGUUUCAGUGAAUGGUCAACUUCAUUCUUCUUCAUCCGAUCAACGACAACGUCACCACUAUGGAAUAGGAAACAGUGGAUGUUAUUUGAAAGAUGAUCUGCAUUCGGUAUCAAAUCGUCGUUUGAAUCCCACUCAUUCUGUAUCUAUAAAGAUGCUCGAUCGACCUGAUUUCCACCUGGCUAUGUCUGGUAAAACAUGGGCUAUCAUACGAGAAUAUUAUCCCUGGCUUAUACCAAAGCUUGUAGUCAAAGGUACCGUGUUUGCUCGUUUUCGUCCGGAACAAAAAGCUCAACUGAUUGAAUCACUUCAAUCAGUUGGUUAUUUUGUUUCAAUGUGUGGUGAUGGCGCUAACGAUUGUGGUGCAUUGAAAGUAGCACAUGCUGGAAUUGCAUUAAGCGAAGCUGAAGCUAGUGUUGCCAGUCCUUUCACGUCGAAGCAACAAAAUAUUACUUGUGUGCCCACACUUAUUCGUGAAGGUCGUUGCGCGUUGACUACCAGUUUUGGUGUAUUUAAAUUUAUGGUUGGUUAUUCAAUGAUUCAAUUUUUCUCUGUUAUACUUCUAUAUUAUAUUGGCAGUAAUAUUUCUGACCUGCAAUAUAUGUUUAUCGACUUCUUUGUCAUCACCACUUUGGGUAUCACGUUUGGUUAUACUUCGGCGUAUCCUCGUCUCUCGGUGGAACCUCCUGGGAUGCGACUAGUGUCAACUGUGACCUUGUUAUCAUUGGGUUUGCAGUUACUCACUUGUGGUCUUGUACAAUUUGCAGUCUUUGUGUUUACUCGACUACAACCAUGGUAUUUACCACUGUUUACUUAUCAUGAAGAUUAUGAAUUAAAAAAUUACGAAAAUACGGCCAUAUUCUCCGUAUCUGUCUAUCAAUAUAUUAUAUUGGCUGUUGUAUUCUCUAAAUCUGCACCAUAUCGUCGGUCAAUUUUUUCUAAUCAUUUAUUCGUUGUCAUCCUUAUUGCAUGUAUUGCCGGAUCACUAUACUUAACAUCUCAUCCAGCUCGUGUGGUUCGCAAAUUAUUCGAACUGUGUCGUUUUCCUUCAGUUUAUUUUGUAAUAAUUCUUCAUGGAAUAGUAUUGGGGAAUUUACUAUUUGGAUAUAUUUUGGAAUCGAUCGUUGAUGGUGUUUCGUUUCGACAACGAAUACGUCAUAUUCAACAUGCUUUAUUUCCCAGACAUGUUUCACGUAAAGACUAUGAACACAUUCGUGAUGAAAUAGAUAGAUUAGCUGGAGUGUGGCCACCAAUUAUACGAUCUGCUAGUGUACAAGCGUUACCAAGUGAGGUGUUCAAUGAAAGUUAUGUUGUUGGACAAAUUGCACAAACAUCAAGAAAACGCUAUAACUCAAGACUUUCAACUGACAGUGAAUCUGAUGAAGAUUGUAUUCCAGUUACUUCUGAGAAGAACGCUGUCCUGUGUAAUAGUUCACGCGAUAAUAAUAUUAUUCAUGAAGAAGUACAAUUACAUUACAAUGCUCAAUCUCCAUUUCAACCGUCUUGUGUUUUUGAUACUGUACCGAAAAGUGCUAUGGAAAAGUCAUUUAACAAGAAACGGACACGUUCUACUAGCAGCCAUAAUCGCCAUUCAUUUAACACUACGAGAAGCCUUGAAAGCAUAGGUAUCAAACGCAAUAUCUCUAAAGAAAACAUUCCUAGAGAAGAAACUCCUGUAGCGCAUCGAAAACUGGAGGCUGGAGUUCGGACUCCGACUCCACGAGCUGAACGUAUUCGAUCACAGAGUGGACCAAAACCACUUGGUGCAAAUCCCGUAGACCUUCAGUUAGACCCAUUCCAAUCAGCUGCUUACUACUGAUAGGAUAAGUUUGUCGGGGGUUUUACGUUGUUAGUCUUUCGAUGUAUAAUAUUUAUUGUUAUCAUCAGUAUGUGAUUUCAAAUCAAUGACUGUAUUUUCUACUAUAUCGCUUGCUUUUUUUCCCGUCCCUAAUUCCGAUGGUUCAUCUUCUUCCAACUCUUACGUUAAACUGUGAAAAGUUUUCUGUCAGGUCACGCUUUGUCUCUCUGUGUGUGUUAUAAUAGGGAGAAUUGUAACCAGAAACAUGUAAUUCAUCCAUCUCAAUUUUCAUCAAAUUAUUGACUAUCGUUUUACUUAAUAGAGCAGAACCAUCACGAUUUUACAGACAGAGAACAAAAGAUCUUUCAUCAUCGAUAAUUUCCUCGUUUACGAAUGUUGUUUUCAUUUUAUGUCUCGACUCAUGCGGUCUAUCAGUAAUCCCAUUAUUAUAUUCACUCACUCGAGUGAAAUUCUUGCUUGCAUAAAGUAACAUUCACAGAAAACAAACUGUCAAAUUGAGUAGACCGUACUAUCACAUAUUUUGUGAUUUAAGCCUCAAGUAGGUAAGAAUUAUCUCAUUUCUGUUUGACCCAUGAUUCCCAUGAGUUACAUUUAUGUACAUUUCGAGAGGGUUCAGGGAAUUCACAGUUUCCCCCUUACUAUGUGAUCUUGCAAAUUAUCUGUGUUUUAUGCUAUUUUAUGCUUUAUUUCGAUGCGUAUGUUACAUUCAGUUGUUAGAUUUUUUCUUUCGUUUUUCUCUUUGUCUAUAAAAUUAAAGUGAUAUUUUUGUUUGAGCACCAAUGUGAUGAUACAUUGUUCAUAAUCAUAAAAAUAUUUAAUUUGAUUGUUUUAGUAUAAUUAGUAGUGCUAUUAUUUUGCUAGGUGAUGAGUUGUAGAAUUUAGUAGUAUUUCUGAUUUGAAAGAAACAGAUAAUGAUGAA